AUGGAAAAAUAUUUUAAAAGAAAAUCAUUAGAGAAAUCUUCUACAUCAACUCCUAAUCCUCAAGAAAAUGAUGAACCUAGAAGUGCAAAAUUGAGUCCACCGUUGAAAAAAAGAUUUUUGGAAUUCGAUUUGGAAAAGCUUCCAAAUGAUCCUGGUUUAAGGCCAAAAAUUUCGGAUUAUCACCCAAGUGAUAGAGAUGAAAUUAGAAGAUAUUAUUUACAAAAAGGUCCUUGUCAACCAAAAGAGAUUAAUUUUCCACAGAGAAAAUUUGGAGAUACCUUUCGUAAGUUCAACCCGGAUUGGUAUUUAAAAUAUGGUAAUUGGUUAGAAUAUAGUCAAAAGGAGGAUGCCGCAUAUUGCUUGUGUUGCUAUCUUAUGCGAUCACAUGUUGGAGAGCAUAAAGGUUGUGGUGAUGCCUUUAUAACAGAAGGUUUUACAAAUUGGAAAAAAAGUGAAAGAUUUCGAGUUCAUCUUGGAGAUACAAAUAGCUCUCAUAAUCAAGCAUGGAGAAAUUGUCAAGCUCUAAUGAAACAAAAGCAACAUAUUGAAGGUGUCUUGUGUAAACAAUCCAAUCAAGCUAAAGAGGAUUAUCGAAUUCAUUUGACGGGUAUAAUUGAUUGCAUUCGAUUUUUAUUAGCUCAAGGUUUAGCUUUCCGUGGUAAUGAUGAGUCAAUAUCAUCAAGGAAUAAAGGAAAUUUUCUUGAACUUAUGGAUUUUCUUAUUAACCAUAAUGAAGCCAUUUAUAAAGUUUGGAAGAAUUGUCGGGGAAAUCUUAAGUUAACAUCUCCUAAAAUUCAAAAGGAUAUUGUUAAAGCUGCUGCGAGUGCCACCACUCAAAUUAUUCUUGAUGAUCUCGGAGAUAAUUUAUUUUCUAUUUUAAUUGAUGAAUCUCGAGAUGUCUCAGUUAAGGAGCAAAUGGUUGUGGCUUUACGCUAUGUGAAUAAGAAAGGGCAGGUUGUUGAGCGUUUUCAUGGUGUUGUUCAUGUUGCUAAUACUAGUGCUCUAACACUAAAAUCAGCUUUGGAGUCAUUAUUCGCAAAAUAUGGCUUAAGUUUGUCAAGGAUACGUGGUCAAGGCUAUGAUGGAGCAAGUAACAUGCAAGGGGAAUACAAUGGUCUCAAAAGCUUGAUAUUAAAAGAUAAUUGCUCUGCAUUUUUUAUUCAUUGUUUUGCUCAUCAACUCCAAUUAGCUCUUGUGACAUUAGCAAAAAAACAUUCUGAAAUUGCAUUAUUUUUUAAUUUGGUUGCUAAUUUGUCUAAUGUUGUUGGAGCAUCAUGUAAGCGUCGAGAUAUUCUUCGUGAAAGUCAAAUUGAAAAGGUGAAGGAAGCAUUGCAAGAAGGAGAAAUCUCUAGUGGGCGUGGUUUGAAUCAAGAGACUACAAUUAAGAGGGCGGGAGAAACUAGAUGGAGUUCACACUAUGGUACAUUACUUAGUAUAAUUUCUUUAUUCUCUUCUAUGAUUGAUGUGCUAGAAAUGGUUGAGGAAGAUGGAAUGAAUUUAGAUCAAAAGAGUGAAGCACUUUUUCUGAUGAAGUAUAUGCAAUCUUUUGAAUUUAUUUUCAUAUUGCACUUGAUGAGAAAAGUUUUAGGAAUUACUCAUGACUUAUCUCAAGCAUUACAGAAAAGUGAUCAAGAUAUUGUAAAUGCCAUGAAAUUAGUCAAAGUUUCCAAAAAUAGACUUCAAGCUAUAAGGGACAAUGGUUGGGAUUCUCUAUUCAAUGAGGUUUCAUUAUUUUGUGAACAUAAUGAUGUUGACAUUCCAAAUAUGGAUGAUACAUUUCAAUCAGCACACAAAAAGUCAAAGAGAAAAAUGGAAAAAAUUUCUAAUUUACAUCAUUUUCAAGUUCAGUUGUUCUAUGAUGUGAUUGACCGACAACUUCAAGAAUUGAAUAAUCGUUUUACAGAAGUGAAUACUGAAUUACUUCUUUGUGUGGCUUGUUUAAGUCCAAGACAUUCCUUUUCUUCAUUUGAUAAGGAGAAGUUGAUUCGCUUAGCUCAAUUUUAUCCUUCCGAGUUUUCUCAAGUUGAACUAUUGGCACUGGAUUGUCAGCUUGAAAAUUAUUUCUUAGAUGUAUGCUCUGACAAUGACUUUUCAGAGUUGGAGGGUAUUAGCGAUCUUGCUAUAAAACUCGUGGAGACCAAGAAACACGUUGUGUAUCCGUUGGUAUAUUUGCUUUUAGAGUUAUCUUUAAUAUUACCGGUGGCAACUGCAACAGCUGAAAGAGCUUUUUCUGCUAUGAAUAUUAUCAAGAAUCGGAUGCGAAAUCGCAUGGGAGAUGAAUGGUUAAAUGAUUGUUUAGUUACUUAUAUUGAGAGAGAUAUUUUUGUUGAUGUUGAAAAUGAGAAAAUCAUUCAAUAUUUUCAGAAUAUGAAAAAUCGUAGAGAAGAAUUAUGA